GCCCAAUCCAAUAUUAAAAUGGUUGACCUAAAUCUCCUUCCAAUUUCGGUCGAGUUAAUUGCCAAAUUUUGACGCUAUUUUUGUGGCCCAUCCGAGGAAUAAGCUCAUAAGGUUCAUUGACCAAACUUUCUAAUACCAAAUUUUCAGUCGAAAACCCGCCGGAAAUCGCCGUCCUCUUCCCCUACGUUACUUUUUCUUUCAGCCGUCAAUAAGCCAGCACCGCCGGAACCAGCGCAGGCGGUGGUUCGAACAGAGUACGGAUCAGAACCGAAAUUGUAAAGAACCGCCAAAAAAAAGAAGAAGGGGGUUUUUAACUUUCGGGAUCGGGAUAGAGGAGAAUGAUGGAAACGUCCGGAUUUGUUUGAAGAUCCAAAAUUAUAGGGUUUCGUUUGGGGUGAAAAGCCACUAUCUUCUUUGGCAUAGCUACCUGGGAGAAUUCCUAGACUAUAUAUCCCUAAUAAUAGUUGGCACAUUCCGUGGUUAAUGAUGUUUUGAGAAUUUGGAUGUUGGAUUUAGAAGACAGGGAACGAAAAAUGAUGAGGGAUCAGAGAUAUGGAGAUAGCAGGGAUUAUGGAGCUGUUAAUAGGAGGCAUUGGGGCAAUAGCAGUUUCCGUUCACCAACUUCGCCAAGGAGACCACUUCCACCUUCAGGAAGGGUCAGGGACCGUGGAGGACACUCUCCGCCAAGAUCACCGAGGAAACGUUAUCAUGGUGAUGUGGAGGAAGAGAGAAGGGGAGGCGAAGGUGGUUCAUUGAGGAGGGAUUAUGAUAGUAGGCGCGGAGAUCAUUGGAGUAGGGAUAAUAAUAUUAGGCGUGGUGAUCGUCGGUUUAGUGAUCAUGAUUACAGAAGUUCCAGUUAUGGGGAUAAGGCGAAUAGCAGGGGGUAUGAUGGGAACUUCAACAUGGGAGACAGAACACAUGAUCGAGAACUUGAUAGGACUUUUGGUGGUGGAGAUAGUGGAGAUAGAGGCAACGUUCGGGCUUACAAUAGGAGUUUCAGUGGAGAUAGAGGCAAUGACCGGGGUUAUGAUCAGAAUUUUAGUAGUCGAAGAAAUAUGGAUGGGAAUUAUAGUCGUGGAGGGGAUAGAAUAUCAAGUAAUGGUUCGGUUGUUAGAGCUAGACACUAUGGUAAUCGAGAACGAGAUUUGGAUGAUGGGCAGUCGCAGAGGAUGUAUCAGUCAGGUGGCAAUGGGGAAUUCUCUUGGAGAAUGUAUGGUGCGAUUGAGAGGGCUUCAUCCAAGUUUCAAUCUGAUCAGCUUUUAGAUGAAACCAAGAACGGUCUUAAUAGUUCAUUCCAUCAUGGGGUUGGCAGCAGUAGACUAGGGAGUGAUCUGAAUUAUGAUUACCAUAAUGGUAAGUUCUUUGACAAGAGUUGUGAUGGCAAUCUGAUGACGAGAGAUUCUGGGAGGGAGAGGAAUUAUGCUUCUUCAUCUUAUCCAAUUAAUACUAGUUUUCCAACCAGGACCUCUUGCCAUGUUGAUGCAACUGAAAGUGCAUCGCGAUAUUCAUCAGGUCACCUUGAGAAAGAUGACGCCCGUGAUUUUCAUAAUGAGCUCAAUGUUGGAAAGUUAGCUACUCCUGGACUAGUAAGGAGAGAUUCGUUAGCCACUGAAUCAUAUAAAGAUAAGUUGCCCUACUCAAGCACUGGUAUUGAUUACACAAUAUCAUCUUCUCGGCUAAAAGGUUUCGAUCCUGUGGCCCGUGGCAGUUUUAAGGAGAACUUCUCAAGUUCAAUUAGGGAUGAUCAUAGUGUCCCUUCUGAUAGCAAUAGACUGCGCACCGGGAUGCUGACCAAUCCCACAUCUUAUGAAGCUAUUGAUGAAAACUUAGGAACUAGGUCUCCUAUGAAUCAUGAGGCAAGAUAUGGAGAUUUUAAGAGUUAUUCGCAGUCAUAUCUGGGUAAUGCUGAAGAGAAUCAUAAGGAUUAUAACUACCCUGAAGGUGACAACAGGGUAGCUGGUAGAGGUUCAAUGUUUACUGAGAUCUACAGAAAGAGUCUGCUUGAAGAAGAGUCCAGCCUUCAAAAUAACUCAAGGUUGGUUGGGGUGGAUCCUGUUGGGAACAAACCCGAUGUAUCCUCCCAUGAGGGAUAUUCAAGAGGAAGUCGAUUGUUAGACCACCAUCCUACCUCACAUGGAUUAUCCAUCUCUGGCCCUGAUGAUACAUAUCCACCCUUUAGUACAAGGAAUGACAUGGAGGAUCAACAGUGCAAAGAUCUUGAGCAACCUAAGUAUGGAAGGGAAUCGUAUCGUGGCCCUGGAAGCUCCCGUAUAGAGGAGCCUAAUCAUGUUGAUGAAGUUGCUUUGAGUCCUAGAUAUCAUCAUGGCCAAUCAGAUAUAUUAACAUCCAGAGAAUAUGAUCCACAUUUAGAAGAUGCUGAUGGUAACUCUAAUGAUGAGUUUAUGCGGAAUGCCAGUUUUUCUAAAGCUAGUAGCCUCUUGAAGAGAAAGCAUGCAGGAAGCGAAUUUGAUGAUCUAAGGGGCAUGAAUUAUGUUCCGGGUGAUGCAGAUGAAGUUUGGAGUAGCAAUGGGAAUUCUAGCAUACACUCUGGGAGAUUAAGAGUUAGAAACUCAUCAGUGUCUGGAACAAUCUCAAUUACUUCUUCUAGUCGUUUCAGAAGAUCCGGUAUAUCUGGUGCUAGAGAUAUUAAAAAUAGACUGGGUCCAGUUUCUCAAAAACUUCAUGUUUCACAACGGCUUGUGAAAAGGUCCACGCGCUCCUUGAAGAAGCGGUUAGGACCUGCUGCGAAGAACCACCAUACUCUUCCAUGGCUUAAGAAUCUAAAUGCUCCCAAUUUAACGAGGAUUGAGGAAGACACAGGUGGAAGCCCUCAAGAAGAUUCUGUUGAAAACAAUGACACUCCCGUUAAGGCUGAACCCCCUGAAAACUCCGAGGAUUUUAAGCAGCUGGUAAAAAUUGCAUUUUUCAAGUUUGUCAAACAACUGAAUGAGACUCCAGCCAAAAGAAGAAAAUAUACAAAGCAGGGAACUGGUGGUAAUUUGAAGUGCAUCAUAUGUCAAAGCCAAGAAGAGUUUGUCAGCACAGAGAGUUUGGCAACACAUGCAAUGACGUGCCAAAAGCUUGGCCUCAGGUCUCAGCACUUAGGUUUUCAUAAGGCACUUUGUGCUCUUAUGGGAUGGAAGUUCGGAGAAUUUUCAGAUAGUGCUUGGUCAUGUGAAAAGCUUUCUGACGUGGAAAAUAAGGCAUUAAAGGAAGACCUUAUUUUGUGGCCUCCAGUUGUGAUCAUCCAUAACAGUACCAUUGGUAGUAGAAGCCCAGAUCAGCAGGUCGUUGUAACUGUAGAAGAGCUUGAGGGUAAGCUUAGAGAUAUGGGUUUUGGGGAUAAGGCGAAGGUGUACAGAGGUAAACCUGCAAAUCAAAGUGUUAUGGUGGUUGAGUUUGCUGGUACGCUUUCUGGAUUGCGGGAGGCUGAGAGGCUUCAUAAGGUUUUUGCUGAAAGCAAACAUGGGAGGGUUGAGUUUCUCGAGUUCAAAUCCUCAAGUAACCCGGAAAAUGUAAUUGAAGCAGAAUCUACCCUAGAUAACAAGCUGGAUAAUAUUCUAUAUGGUUAUUGGGGGAUUUCUGAGGAUCUUGGUAAGCUGGAUUUUGAUGCCAAGAAGCGUCGUUUGGUGAAGAGCAAAAAGGAGAUUGCAGACAUUGCAGAAGCUCCUAUAAAGGCAUGAUGAAGAAACCGGUAACAGGGAUAUGUGAAGUAAUGAAUGGCUAGUCUGUUUUUCUUUUGCUUAGUUCUAUCCUUUGGGUACCUCUUUUCCAUUUCCUUCUUCCUUUCCAGUAGGAUAGUCAACUCUUCUUCCUCAGGUCCCAGGUCAGCUUGUGAGUUCCUGUGCUUUUGCAUAAUAAAUAUUGCUACUUAUUAGGAAUAUAGUAUAUCAACCAUCUUUGCCUAGUCGUUACCCUGAUUAUAGUUAUCCGAAUAGGUUUGGUUUCAUCUAAUGAAGAUGAGCGAAUAAGCAUGCAAUUGUUGCGUCUUCUGAGGAUGUGUUCUCACCAAGUAAAGGGAGGGUAGAGAAACCUUUCUCUAAGAGCUUUAUUGCAGAUGCUUCGGCAUCAAUGCUUUGACUAGAGGUAGGUUUGAAGCUGUGGUUCUUAUGAUCAAAUGGGGUUUUCCUUGGGUGAAAACAUUCAGGCAGCUUUAGGAAAUAUUAUACUUUUUCUUUCGGCAGUGGAUCCUAUGACACUUAUUCAGUUUGCUGACAAGAUUGAAGUUUGUGCGCGGACUAGCUUCCUUGCUGUACAUUUUCUUCAUCAGUUAUGAGGCCUACUGGAAGCUGGGGGGAAGAUUUGCUUUGUUGGUAGUAAAAUAGUUCUUUUCGUGCCAGUUUAAAUAUUAUGCAGGAUGCUGCCACGUUGGGAUUGCUGCAGCGAAAGCUGCAAUGUAGGAAGAAAGCAAUUUCCCUUGGGAGCUCCAAGCGGGCUGUAACUUAAUAAUUCAUAGAUGAUGAAGACUGCUAAAAGAUCCAAGUGGGUUGGGACUUGGGAUUGCCAUAGCAAAAGCUGCAAAUGGAGGAAGAAAGUGGAUGUCUUUGGGAGCUCAAGUUGGCAGCAAUAGAUACUGCUUAUGAUAGUUAUCCCAGUGGUUUUGCUGAGCUUUGCUGGAAAUGUGGUUUUGCUAAUGAUCUAAGAAUGUUUUGUUAAUGAAGAUCUAGUUUGCUCUCCCAGUAUUUUCUUUUGUUCCAUAUUAUUCUAGUGAAAAUUGGCUGGUCUUGACACCCUCUCCCUUUGCUCUGUAUAUACACAAUGGCCGGAAAUGGCAGUAAGGAAGCAUGUAUCGUUAUUGCGGAACUUGGAAACGGACAGUUUCAUGUUAACAUGCACUUCCAUUUUGGAUAUGAAGGAUGAUUUUUCCAUCUUGCUUCUCUGUGUUUGUGGAAAUGCACAUUGAAGAAACCUUUUGCAUCCUCAAAGCACUGAAUACACAUUUUUUUCGGAGGGCAAUCUCAACCUCUAUUUUUGCUUUUUUUUCUUUUCCCUAGCAACACGCAUUACAUAAUUCUGUUGGUGUACAAUCUUUAUAUUAAGGAAGGUUGAUUGCGAUAGAUACC